AUGACGAUACCUUUUAAAAUACCCAUCUCAGAUCUAGACUUUUGUUUAGAACAGCUAUUGGAUCAUAAACCACCAAAGAUCCUACCCCCCGAAACUAUUCAACAACUAUGCCACAUGCUUAAAACACAACUAUUAGCUGCCCCCAAUAUCUUGUCACUACAAUCUCCCAUUUCUGUUGUUGGAGACAUACAUGGUCAAUACCAUGACAUGUUGGAGAUCUUCAAAAUAGGGGGGUCGCCACCAAACACUAAUUAUCUUUUCUUGGGAGACUAUGUCGAUCGUGGUUAUUACUCAGUCGAAACCAUUUCUUUACUAUUAGUGUUGAAGCUUCGAUAUCCAAAUAGGGUCAGUCUAAUAAGGGGAAAUCACGAGUCUAGAACAAUAACUACAAACUAUGGAUUUUACACUGAGGUAUUGAACAAGUAUAAUGGGUCAGCUGACGUCUGGUCAUAUAUCACGGACUUGUUCGAUUAUCUACCCCUUGGGGCUACCAUUGAUGGGACGGUGUUUGCAUGUCAUGGGGGUCUUUCGCCUAGUUGCCAGCAGUUGGAUCAAAUUAGAGCAAUAGACCGAUUUAGAGAGAUCCCUCAUGAUGGUAUAAUGGCCGAUCUAGUAUGGUCUGAUCCUGAUGUUGAAAUUACUGACUUUAAAUUAAGCCCUAGAGGUGCUGGCUACCUCUUUGGAAGCGAUAUAAUGGAUAAAUUUUGCAACGAUAACCAAUUGUCUCAAAUGAUUCGAGCCCAUCAAUUAUGUAACGAAGGAUAUACGAGCUACUGGAAAGGAAAGUGUUUGACCGUAUGGUCAGCACCAAACUAUUGUUAUAGAUGUGGUAACAAAGCAAGUGUAUUAGAGAUUCUACACACAAAUUAUGAAAGCAAAGAUGCAAAUGAAAAAGACGUAGAUCAAUCUAAGACAAGUUCAACAGAGCAUCCGUCAUUUAAGUCCACUAUACAGGCUAAACAAGGUGUAUUAGCAGGUCAGUUUUUCAACGUAUUUGAAGCUUCCACUGAGAAUGAUGAAGAUACAUUGAAUGGAAAAGGAGUCAAUGGAAUGAGUUUGUCAGAUUCAGAAAAUACCGAUACAGACUUCUUUGCCGCCUACUUUCAAGAACGUCCCAAGCGCCAACAUGUUGACUAUUUCUUGUAG